UCCUUAUAAUUGUCAUUUACUCGAGAGGGAGAAAACCAAAAUUACCAAUAAUUAUUAAAAAAAAAAAUUAAAAAAAAAAUUAAAUGAAAAGGGCAGCAGAGUUAUUGGAAAGCGUGAAAAAGUUACCUACCAAACCCACCAAACAAAAUUGGCUGUACAACAAUUUACAGAAUUACCCCUCACCGGCUCUUUCCAACCAUCUACAGCCAAGUCAACACAAAACAGCCCUUCAUCUCUUUCUUUAAUUACAUCUUUGCCUCUUUCUACCACAAUUAGCCCUAAUAAGUAAUACCUUCAUCUCUCUCUCUCUCCUCUCUCUCUCUCUACCAAUAAUAAUAAUAAUCAUAAUAAAAAGCAUCAACUGAUCACAGUUGUCAUUCACAGCAAUCGAAAUCAAUCAGCCACCACCAUGUCUUCCAUUUCUAAGCUCUCAGCAUCAGGUUUUGCUAAUUCCGCUACUAAUUCAAGGCCCACAACCAGAUCUUCGCAGCAGCCCAUGUGCUGUGUUGAUCUGCGCAAACGAACCGCCGGUUUCGGUAACCCGAUUUCAUCUUCAAAGCUCACCGUCGGCACCAAUCACCCCAUCAAGGCUUCUUUGGUUGUAAGAUGCUCAAAAAAUGAUGGAAAUGGAAGCACUGUGAAGAAAACAACACUUCAUGAUCUUUAUGAGAAGGAAGGGCAAAGCCCGUGGUACGACAAUCUAUGCCGCCCCGUCACCGAUCUUAUUCCGUUGAUCGAAAGUGGAGUCAGAGGUGUUACCAGCAACCCUGCAAUAUUCCAGAAAGCAAUAUCAACUUCAAGUGCAUACAAUGAUCAAUGCAGGGAACUAGUGCAAUCCGGAAAAGACAUAGAAAGUGCGUACUGGGAACUUGUGGUGAAAGAUAUCCAAGAUGCAUGCAAACUUUUCGAGGCGAUUUACGACGAAACAGAUGGGGCUGAUGGAUACGUCUCUGUCGAAGUUUCACCACGACUCGCGGAUGAUACCGAAAACACAAUAGAGGCUGCUAAAUGGCUUCAUAAAUGGGUUAAUCGCUCAAAUGUCUACAUCAAAAUUCCCGCUACAGCUCCUUGCAUUCCCUCAAUCAAGGAAGUCAUUGCACUAGGAAUUAGCGUUAAUGUCACGCUCAUCUUCUCUCUUGCGAGAUACGAAGCAGUGAUUGAUGCUUACCUGGACGGUCUCGAGGCAUCUGGGCUCGAUGACCUGUCACGAGUGACAAGUGUUGCUUCGUUCUUUGUUAGUCGAGUAGAUUCACUGGUCGACAAGAUGCUUGAGAAGAUUGGUACACCAGAAGCACUCGAUCUCCGAGGAAAGGCUGCAAAUGCGCAAGCAGGAUUGGCUUACCAGCUGUACCAGAAGAAAUUCUCGGGUCCGAGAUGGGAAGCUCUGGUGAAGAAAGGAGCAAAGAAGCAAAGGCUACUUUGGGCAUCAACUAGUGUCAAGAAUCCUGCUUAUCCAGACACUCUUUAUGUGGCUCCUCUUAUUGGACCUGACACUGUAUCGACGAUGCCUGAUCAAGCACUGCUGGCAUUCCUUGACCAUGGCUCGGUUGCAAGGACUAUCGACUCGAAUGUGUCGGAGGCUGAAGGAAUUUACAGCGCACUUGAGAAGUUGGGCAUCGACUGGGGUUAUGUGGGGUCACAGCUUGAGCUAGAAGGAGUCGAUUCUUUCAAGAAGAGUUUCGAUAGCUUGCUCGACAGUCUGCAAGAGAAGGCUAAUACUCUUAAGCUUGUCAGCUUGUGAAGUGUUUCUUGAUCAAUCUUUCUUAUUUUAUUGCUAGAAUAAUAAUAAAGUGACUGGGCUUCCCUUACCAGUUCAGUUUGUGGUGAGUAUUUAUUGUAAGAAUGUUUUUGGUGUAAUGAUUUAACAAUUUCACUAUUAUCUAUGAGUACAUUCAAUGUUUUUAGUGUGCUA